CAGAAAUACCGGUUAAAAAUAAAUCCUUACAUCUGAGCGAUCAAGAAAAACAAUGUGUCAGAGUAUAAACACGUUUAAAUCUAGGUCAGCACAUUCACAACGUUAAAGACACUUAAAUGGGUCAUUAAAUAAAAGUUAUUAAUGAGCGUGUCUGGAACAGAGAUCUGGACUUCAUGGUAAAUCCUGUGUGUUACGAAUAUACUUUUUUCUACGUAGGUUUAUAUAAAGAACGAUAAUAGUUUUUCAUCAUAUAAAUAGGAUUUACUAAGAUUACAUACGUAUUCACCACAAGUAUAUUAUCUGUUUCUGUUUUGCAAUGGAUAUCGCAUAUUCCUAUUUAGAAGGAAUCGAUCUAACAGCUACAUUUAUAUUUUUAAUAAUAUUUCUUGCGACAGUUUUGUGGAUGACAUGUCCGAAAUCGGAUAUUCCAGGACCACGCGCAUGGCCUAUUUUUGGAAAUAUUCUACUUGUUAGUCAGUUUAAUAGUACACCAAAGAGGGUCAAGUUUGUGGAGGAGAUGACAAGGCAGUAUGGACCAAUGUUUCGAAUGUUUUUAGGACCAUACCAGAUUGUUUUUGUACAGGGUCAUAAACAUGUGAUUGAUGUUCUACAGAAACGAGGACGGGAAUUUAUAGACAGACCCAACUUUAUUCCAGGAAUCAAAUUAGCUGAAAAAGCAAAAGGAGGCAGUGGGAUUGCGUUUGCUAAUGGAGAUGACUGGAAGGAUAUGAGACGAAUCUCAUUGCAAGCAAUGCGAGAUUUUGGUGUAGGAAAAUCUUCGCAGGAAGAGAAUAUUUUGGAAGAAAUACAGAAUGUCGCAGACGAUCUGGAAAAAUUUAAUGGAGCGGAGAUAACCAAUUUAAAGAAAAUGAUGACAAAGGCUAGCUGCAAUGUUAUACAUAGUCUUAUAUUCGGAUAUAGAUACAAACAUGACGACGAAUCCCUUCAAAAAAUCAUCAAGACAAUGGACAACAUCUUUUCAGGUCCCGGUCCUUUAUCAGCGUCGGGAAUAUUUCCGGUUCUGAAUUUAGUAAUGAAAGACAACUUUAAGAUGAGGAAAGAAGGGCUUUCUACUCUGAAAAAGUAUAUAGAAAAACACAUAACCGACCACAGAGAGUCAUUUCACCAAGAAAACAUUCGGGACUUUAUAGAUAUGUAUCUGGUCGCCGAAAAAGAAGAGAGUGAACGGACGUCUGUUUUGAAUCCGGCGGCGUUGUUGACCUCAAUUAUCGAUUUGUUUACUGCUGGAACAGACACGACUGCAACUACGCUUGAUUGGUCAUUCUUAUGGAUGAUUCAGUACCCGGAUGAACAAAAGAGGUGCCAAGAAGAAAUUAGAAAGGUAAUAGGACCAGGUAGAACGGUUCGAUUAUCUGAUAGACGUUAUUUGUCCUACACCGAGGCUACUUUAAUGGAAAUACAAAGACUGUCAAAUACAGCUAUUUUUACUCUUCCCCAUGUAGCAGUUUGUGAUACAACAAUCAAUGGCUUCAAAAUACCUAAACAUACCAUUAUUAUUCCAAGCCUGAUCUCUGCACAUUUUGAUGAAACAAUCUGGAAAGACCCGAAGGAGUUUAAUCCAGGGAGGUUUCUAAAUCAAAACAAUGGCAUAAUCAACAAAGAAUAUUUGAUACCUUUUUCAUUAGGCCCACGGAUCUGCCCUGGAGAAUCGUUAGCACGGUCACAGUUGUUUCUGGUCUUUUCAAACCUUCUACAUAGAUUUGAAUUCUCUAAAGUCGAUCCAGAUGAUAUUUUAUCACUUGAAGGGAUAACCACCGGGUUAACAACGACACCAUCGCCAUACCGACUUAAAGCUGAUUUGAGAUAAAUUGACGUUAUGUGUGUACAUCCAACAUGUCAAACAGAACAGGAUUUUAGAAUACAUGUACAUAAUUCCAUAUUGUUUGAACUUAAAUGUAUCAAUCAAUGUAACAUUUUUUUUUAUUUUAUAUAUUAGAUCAUAGGAUGUGAUCGUUUGAAAAUCAAUUGAAAUUUAUGAAAAAGAUAAAUUCAACAUUUAGUUUAAAAAGAUUGUUCGUGUGCAUUACUGAAAAAAGUUUGUUUUUGAUUAAGUUGAAAAAUGUUAGUUUCGUGAAGUAAAACCCAUGCCCCCAACAAAUGACGAAUUACAAUUACUUUUUCAGGAACAAUUCUUUUUUUUUCAAACACGAUGUAAUCUUGUUUCUUAAUUUUUUUUCUAUUCUAAACUGAGAAUAAGUUUUAAAGGGACAUCUGUCAUGCUCAAUGAAAUAUGACUAUACUACGAAGUAAUUAUCCAUACUCUAUUCACUAAAACUGAAAGCGAUUACACAUAGUUGUUCUUAAGAUAUUUAUUGAUAGAUGGAUAGGACAAGAAGAUGAUAUUCCUACAAUCAUUUGUUCAAUAUUUAGUUUUCUUUUCACAGUUAUACAGAACAAUCAAUGUUUUGUCUGAAUAGUUAAAAAUUUACACCUAUUUGCAGAUAUGGUUUAAUAAAUGCAAAAAAUGCAAUAAACGACUGGUCUUGUAAAUCAAUUGUAAUCUUAUAAACACUACACGUGUUACUUUCCGUUGGAUUUAAAAAUUUGUCUAUCAUAUUCUAUCAAGGUAUUACUAAUUAGUUUGCCACUAUGAUUAGGAUGACUUAAUAUGUAAUAUUGUUUUGUCUAUAUAUAUAUCUAUUCAAUCUUUGAUAUUAUUCUAAAUUAAACGUUCAAUGACAAUGAAACGAAAGUGAAUAUUUCAACGUGUCUGACUUCUUCAAAAUUGAUAAUAAGAAGAUAUACUUCUAAUUUAAAAAACCGUCUCGUGUUCCUUACUAGUUUCAAUUCGACAAUAAUAAAAACAUCGUGACACAAUUUGCAAGAAUUCAGUGAUUUGAUUUUAAUUGCAUAAAAGGAGAAAACUCUUUUUAAACAUUACAUGAUAUUUGUUUUUGUACAUCUACCAUCAUGACCUUGUUCACAUAAAAAAUAAAAUACACACACACUCGCCUAUGCAUACGUAUACAUGUAUAUAUAUAUAUCUCUAAACACAAAUGUUAGUUUACACACCUAUACAAUAUAAUUAUAUCGCUUUCAUUCUAUAAAUGAUUAUGAUUACUUUAUUAUUAUAUAAAUCUAAACAUAAAAAAAAUAAACAUGAAUGUACCUUAAUUCUAGUUUACAAAACACUUAAAAAUUUUUGCAACACUGCAAAGAAUCUUAAGUUUAUCCUGCCGUUUACACUCUAUUUCAAAAAUUUCUUGAAAUCUAAAUUUGAAAAUGCAAAAAGUAUUGACAGGUUUUGAUCUUUGUUCAGAGAUAUAGUAUGCCUUAUAAAUUGCGUAUGUAAUUAUUAUUGUUAAUAAGUAAUUUACUUCAUAGUAUUAUUCUUCUUGUUCAAUUUUCUAUCCACAUGCUAAAUUUGAUAAGCUUAGAAAGUGAUUUCCUAUUUUAUUAAACCCCACGCAACGAGUUGCGGAGGGUAUAAUGUUUUUGACCCGUCCGUCUGUCCGUCUGUCUGUCCGUCUGUCCGUCCGUCAGUCCGUCAGUCCGUCAGUCCGUCAGUACGUCAGUCCUAUUUCUUGUCAUCGUAACUUCUCUCAAACCACACAACAGAAUUUCACGAAACCUUUUUUGAUAAUAAGGACAUACUAUGAAGUUGUGCAUAUCAACAGGAAAUUACGAUUCAAUUUAUUUUCUAGGAGUUACGCCCCUUUGAACUUAUUUACUUUAAUGAACUACUGCAACAGUUUGUCAUCGCAACUCCUCUCAAACCACACAACAGAAUUUCAUGAAACCUUUUCAGAUAAUAAGGACAUACAACGUAGAUGUGCAUAUCGACAGGAAAUUAAGAUUCAAUUUUUUUUACAGGAGUUAAGCCCCUUUGAACUUAUUUGCUUUAAUAUACUACUGCAACAGUUUGUCAUCGCAACUCCUCUGAAACCACACAACAUAAUUUCAUGAAACCUUUUUAGAUAAUAAGGACAUAUUAUGUAGUUGUGCAUAUCGACAGGAAAUUACGAUUCUUUUUUUUUUCUUAGUGUUACGAAUCUUUUAACUUAUUUGCUUCAAUGUACUUUUGCAACAGUUUGUCAUCACAACUCCUCUGAAACCACACAACAGAAUUUCAUGAAACUUUGUAGAUAAUAAGGACAUACUAUGUAGAUUUGCACAUUGACAUUAAAUUAUGAUUAAAAUUUUUUUUCUUAUA